UGUAGAAGCCAUGUUGCCUACUCGUGAUAUCGACACAUAUUACGGUCACAAAGGAUAUCCAACCCAAAACAUACUAGCAAUAUGCGACUUCGACAUGUGCUUCAUUUUCAUAUCUUGUGGUUGGGAAGGAAGCAUGCAUGACAGUCGCAUCUUCAAGGAAAUAAUUGAGAAUGAACAUGCACCGUUCCCGUACCCCCAAGAAGGUAAAUAUUACCUUGUGAAUGUGGGAUAUCCAAACAAGAAGGGGUAUUUGACACCAUUCAAAGGGUCUCGGUAUCACCAAGCACAGUUUCGGGAUCAUGGACGACCCGAUAACCCAAGAGAAUUGUUUAACGAGGCGCAUGCAUCAUUGAGGAGCGUGGUGGAAAGAACAUUUGGAGUGUGGAAAUCGCGUUGGAAGUUCCUAAACGACAUGCCCGACUUUGAUUUUGCGAUGGUGUAGAUGCCAUUGGUUGGUGCGUCAAUGACUUUACACAAUUUCAUCCAUAGGCACAAGAUAGCUGCUAAUGCACACAACGAACAUGUCAGUUGUUCCUUAGUUCCAAAUGACAUGCCCACCGCGGAAGGAGGACAAAAUAUAGAUGAUGGCCUCAUGGUUGGGGAUACGGAUGUAGAUAUGGCCAGAGAUGUAGAUAUGGCCAGAGUUCGCGUUCGCAUCCGUGACCAUUUGUUUCACAUACAGAAUCAAGGGCUAUUGUGAAAUGCUUGUUAUGUAAUUUGUAUGUUAGUGUAAUUUGUAAUUUCUAUUUCUACAAUGCAAUGUGACUAAGAAAAUUAUUUAAAUUUGUAAUUCG